UUUAAAAAAGAACAAAAGAUAUAUAUUAGCACAAUAUGGCUUCCAAUCAGGUUUCUGCUGUAACCAAACACAUUUUCCUGGGAAUUCUCUGUAUUCUCUUGCUAUUGGCUUCGGGGCCAGCAGCAGAUGCUUUUAAUGUACCAAUAGCAUGCCAAGGUCCAUGCUCAAAGAUAAAAGAUUGCGGGUCGUACUGCAUUGCUAAAGGAUUUCCAAAGGCGGGUGCUUGUUAUUUUAGUGGUGGGGGUGAUCCAGCUGGGGAGUGUUGCUGUAAUGUUUGAGAUAUUAAUUAUCAUAUUUAGGGUGGUUUUUUUUCCCCCUAAUAAAUAUCUCUUAAAGGCUUCAAAUAUCUUUCUUGGUAUACAUAAAGAUACAUUUGGAUUUCAGAUGUAAUCUUUUAUUUAUGAAAUAAAAAUAAAUUUAUGGAAA